AUGCACUUUUCGGCUUUUCGUCCAGGCAUACGCCAAAGAGACAUUAGCUACACUACCUGUUGCGGGUGGAGGCUAUGGCUUUGGUGGGUACGUCGGGUAGUAUGCCUGCAUGGACUUUCGCAUCCCCUCUAUGGUAACACCACACAUGCGCCGCCUGUUACGAGAGUUCACGCUCGAUCUGGCGACAAGGAAUCCAACGCCAACGCCAACAUUCCGAAUAUUCGCCGUGUGCAUUUCCAUGUCAUGGGCGUGCUGGACGAUGCAUCAGCUGCUCGCCUCGCCUGGACGAACUGGCCGAGAGCUUUGGGAAUUUCUACGUAG